AUGAUUCUUUAUGUACUACUUUCCAAAGAAACUUUUGUCUUUUCAGAAUAUACAGAAUUAGAAGAUGAGUUUGAAGAAAUGGCUCGAAUUAUACUCAAAAGUGUGAAUCUCAAUUUGUAAAAGUAAAUAUUUAGUAAAGAAUAUAAUGGUAAAAUGUAGAAUAAAUAUGUCUUUUACAUUACAUACAUACUUUUCCAAUCUUAAAUUUUUUUGUAUUAUCCACAAUGAUUACAUUAAAGAAAAACCAUUUGUCUUUCUUGGUGCAAUUCUCUAAGAAUACUAAAAUUAAUCCAAAAGUAUUUAUCUCACUCUCUAAUAUAUAGACUCCAAUAUUAAUAAUGAUCAAUUCUCUGUUUAAUUCUCUUGUAUGAUGAAAGACUUUAAUAAAUUAAAUCAAAAAAGAUGCUUUGAAUAAUCUUAGAUAAUCUAUUGA